GACGCUCGCCAUCAACCGCCUCUUCGCUAUGACGUAAGGCAACAUAGCAACACGUGACUGGCUCAUGGAAUGGCAAAAGAUCGCAGCAACGCCGAAUCUCGAAUUGCCAUUUUCGCAUCUGCGCCGAGAGUUCUACAACCGGUCAUGUGCCGCCUUGAGCCUUGCGCUUGGUGAUCGCGAGCAAUACGCGACCUUCGCCGAAAUCAUCGACAAGGCAAGGGAGAUCAUCAAGACCAAUAGGGCAGCUGCACAUGAGAAAUCAGCAUGGCAGCCAACCUAUGUGGAGAAGGUGAAAACCGGUCCGCGGCCGCAGCAUGUCGCUGCAGUCCAAUCGGACAACAUUGUGGAAGACCCGACAACCACCCAAGCGUCACGUGAGGGAGAUCAGGUGGCUGCUGUCCAACCGCAAAGCAACAACAAGUCCCGGGGAAACGGGAAGGCGAAAACCGCAUCGCCGGCCGGAAAUGGACAGCCAACACCAUGGGUCAAGUUUCACUUGACCGAGGCGGAAUACAAAUUCGCCGCCUUGCUAGCGGCCUCCUACACAUCUGGGGAGGAUGCGCAUGUCGCAAGUUCUCGAUACACUUACGAGGACUAUGCUGUCCACUUGGUCCUACCGUUGGACCAACCACUCCACGUGCAACACUCUACCGCAUGCACGGUUUCAUCACCAUCAGCAACCGAUUCGGCAGCUUCGCCGCCAUCUAUCGUCGGGGAUUCAACGUCAUGGUCAAGACUUGAAGAGCUUGACCCGUUGACGUUUGUGGACUUCCAAUGGAUGCCCCUUCCCCGGUCCGAUCGAUUGCCGAAACCGCAUUGCAACGUGCUCAUGGCAGAAUUGCGGGAUUACUUGCACACUACAGUACCAACUCCGUUGAUGGACGCCGGAGUAGAGGUUGUCGAUCUUCACACCUACAUUGCGAAGAUCGACCGCGAGUUCAAGACACAACGGUACGACGAGAUCGACGCACCAUUGUUAUAUGUACGCAUUCAGAUCAAGGAGGCAACCUGCAACGCUUUGAUCGAUUGCGGAGCAUCUCGCAACUACAUGAGUCAGGACUUUAUGGUACGCGCCGGCCUUGGCCCACGCGUCCGGAGGAAGUCCCAGUCUACGCAAGUCACUUUGGCAGACGAUCACACGCACAAGUCAAUCGACCUGUGCAAAGAUGACGUCCCCGUGUACUUUGCCCCGCAUGCAAGUGAGGCGGUGUCCUUCGAUAUCUUGGACACCAAAUUCGACAUGAUCUUGGGCAUGUCAUGGCUGCGAAGCAAGGAUCACCCGGUGAACUUCUUCAACCGCACCGUUCACGUUCGUGAUCGGAACGGAGUAUUAGUUCCAUGCACGGUGCCUCUUUCUUAUCCUUCGAUCAGCUGCCACGUGGUAUCCGCCGCAAACAUGCGAGCUUCCAUCAUCAGAAACGACAUCGAGGAGAUGGGGGUGUGUUUUCUCCACGCCCUCCCGCCCCAUGACGCUUCAUCGACGGACUCACCUUCGGAUCCACGCAUCACCGAGCUUCUCGACGCCUACGGCGAUGUGUUCGAAGGCCCGCACGGAGUAGUACCGGAUCGGCCCAUUCGCCACGAGAUCAUCCUCGAGGACAGGGUGGUACCUCUGCGUGGUAGCAUCUACCGAAUGAGCGAAGAAGAGUCAAGUGUGCUUCGGGCACAACUCGACGACCUUCUGGAGAAAGGCUGGAUUCGGCCUAGAUCAUCGUCAUACGGUGCUCUUGUUCUCUUCGUUCGGAAGAAGAACAAGGAUCUGCAGUUGUGCAUCGAUUAUCGCAAGUUCAACGCGCAAACGGUCAAGAACGCCGACCCUCUUCCACGCAUCGAUGACCUCCUCGAACAGUUGGGCGGCGCCAAGUUCUUCUCCAAGCUAGACCUCAAAUCGGGAUAUCACGAACUCGAGAUCCGGCAGGAGGACCGUUACAAAACCACUUUUAAGACGCGAUAUGGGCAUUUCGAAUGGUUGGUUAUGCCGUUUGGCCUUACAAAUGCCCCAACCACUUUCCAAGCAGCUAUGACAAUGGAGUUCCGACACAUGCUGGAUCGUUUCGUACUUAUCUACCUCGACGACAUUUUGGUGUACAGUCGGAGUUUGGACGAGCAUGUGGAGCACCUGCGCACCGUUUUGGAGCGGCUACGACAAGCCAAGUACAAAGCCAACCGCGACAAAUGCGAAUUCGCGCGGCAGGAGCUGGAGUACUUGGGACAUUAUGUGACACCGCAAGGCAUCCGUCCGUUUGUGGACAAGAUCGAGGUCAUCCGCGUAUGGCCCGAGCCCACCAACACCACGGACGUUCGUUCAUUCAUGGGAUUGGUGGGCUACUAUCACCGAUUCAUCACCGGAUACUCAAGGAUUGCCGCACCUAUGACGAGAUUACAAUCGCCAAAGGUGUCAUUCGUAUUCGAUGACGACGCACGCCGGUCAUUCCAAGCACUCAAGACGGCCAUGCUCAUGGCACUCGUCCGUAGCAUCUAUGACCCCACCCUGCCUACGGGAGUGACAACUGACGCUUCCGGCUAUGGCAUUGGGGCAGUCUUGGAACAACACGACGGCGAUGACUGGUACCUUGUGGAGUAUUUCAGCCACAAAGUGCCUCUCAUCAAUUCGCUUGAUGAUGCAAGGAAGAAGGAGCUGCUCGCGUUCGUGAUGGCUCUCAAGCGAUGGCGGCACUUCCUCCUUGGGCGUUGUAGGUUAACAUGGGUCACGGACAACAACCCAUUGACCUACUACAAGACGCAGGAUACGGUGAGCAGCACGAUCGGGCGAUGGAUGUACUUCAUCGACCAAUUUGACUUCACACCGAAACAUCCCCCCGACCUCUCCAAUCCCGCAACAGAUGCACUCUCGCGAAGACCCGGUCUUUGCGCUAUGACACAUCAUGCCUUCGCAUUCGACGAGGAACUCCAGCGACACUUCAUCCGGGGCUAUGAGUCUGAUCCGGCCUUCGCCACGUUGUAUGCGCAGCUAUCUUCGGAUCACCCGUCGGCCAGCCACUAUCGCAUUGCCGACGGGUACUUGCUCCUCCACGCGAGAGGCAAGGACUUACUAUGUGUCCCACGAGACCGUCGUCUUCGAACUCGCCUUCUCGGCGAGUAUCAUGAUUCGCGACUCGCCAAUCAAUCUGGAGUCAACCGCACCAUUGCACGGCUUCGACAACGGUUCCGAUGGCCCGACCUCAUUACCGACGUCACUCGGUAUUGCGACUCUUGCGAAGUUUGCCGACGAAGCAAGCCCCGCAAACGCAACCUCUACGGCGAGUUGCGCCCGAUGCCUAUUCCACGGGAACCCGACCUCUCCAUUGCCAUGGAUGUCACCGGACCAUUUCCCCGCGAUCGCCUCGGGCACGACGGCAUCCUCACGGUUGUGGACCGUUUAAGUAAGUACGCGCGUUUUCUCCCUUGCAAGUACUACUCCACGGCUCCCAAGCUGGCACGCCUCUUGCAUACCGGUUGGAUUUGCGCCCACGGUGUACCGGAAGACAUAGUCAGCGACCGCGACACUCGCUUCAUGUCGGCAUUUUGGACUGCUCUCAUGCAGGAGUCCGGCACGAAGAUGAAACCAAGUUCAGCUCGGCAUCCACAGACGGACGGGCAAACAGAGCGGGCACAUCAAACCGCUCAAAUGAUGAUGCUUCGUACGCUCAUCCGUCCGGACCAGAAAGAUUGGGUUGACCGUCUCCCCGACAUCGAGUUCGCCUACAACACUUCAGUGCACCCGACGAUCGGCGUGACUCCAUUUGAGUUGCACCACGGUAGACGGAAAGGUCGUAUCUUCGCCGACCUUCUCCUCCCAUGACCAGCCAACAUCGACGCCGCUUGCUUUCCCGCUUCCGUCCGGAAGUACAUGGAAUUGCUGGCUCAAGCCCGCACGA